CUUACCCACCCCUCUCUCUCUCUCUCAGUUUCUCUCUGCAAAGAAUACAAAAUUUAAAAGUACAAAAAUGAAGAAGUUGAUAAGGAGGCUAUCUAGAGUGGCUGAUUCUUCGCAAUAUUGUCUUUUGCGGUCGGAAUCCAGGGCGGCGAGGCCUCGUCGAUUGGAAUCAUUCCGACAGAAGUCCGGCGGAGUGCCCCAGGGUCACCUGCCAGUCUACGUCGGCGAGGAAAUGGAACGAUUUGUAGUGAGCGCUGAGCUCUUGAAUCACCCGAUCUUUGUAAAGCUGCUCAAUAAAUCGGCGCAAGAGUACGGGUACGAGCAGAAAGGCGUGCUCCGGAUCCCCUGCCAUGUGUUCCUGUUUGAACGGGUGCUGGAGGCUCUUCGAAUCGGCGGCGAGUCGCUUGACCUCACGGACCUCCUCAACUCGCUCUCUGACGAGUUUUCAAACAGUCGGGGAGAUAAGUAGCGGUGUUAAGUUAAUUAAGUAAUUAAUUAGAAAGAUAAUUGCGAAGCUGCUGUAGCUGUUGGUGAUCGUAUAACUUUUGGAUUAGAUUUUGUUUUCUUCUCCUCCUUUGUAAAUACUUUGUUAUGAACAAUGUGGAGUAGAGUUUUGAUGAAGUUGUGUUUGCUUAACCAUAUAGAAAGUGAAAAAGCAAAACAGAGUUUGAAAAUUACUUGAAUUUUUUUACUGUAUUUUCCAUAGUU